GAAGGAAUGGCACGAGGGAAAUAAGGAGUGGGUUAAAAAGGCCUUUGGGGAGGCUGAAGAAGAGAGGAAGAGGUCCUUUAUAGUCCUUGCGAAGGGGAUGUUGAAGAGGGACUUAAAGGGGGUGGUAACAAAGGUUGAGUUUGGUAGGUCGAUUGGACUAUCGACGGUCGAAAGAGUCCGGUUUCGGAUUCCAAUGAGGGAGGGCGUUAUAAGGGCUACAGCUUUAAUCAGCCUGGCUAGCCAGAAGGCCUGUGAGAAAGGAGUCCUCUGGCAGGCUCAACUAUUCGACUGUGAGCCGUACUGGGGGGCACUGCAGGCAACACAGUGUUAUAAGUGCUGAGGAUGGGGGCAUACCCAACGGUUCUGCUUGCGGAGGUGUGACGAAUCUCGAAACCCCAACUUCUGAAAGGAACUCCUGAAGAUUUUUUUUGACAACGGGGUAAGGUUCGGACCUUCGAAUUAGCCCUUCGAAACAAACAACGACGACAUCAGCCACUACACCAGAUGCAGAACAUUACAUUCCAGGGGGUGCAAGACCCAAUGGAGGAAGCCGACAGUGGCUUCCAAGAAGUGGGAAAAAGGAAGCGGCCCCGGGGUCGAACCCCCGGCUUCGCCAGAUCCCAGGAGGGGGCAAGAAAGAGAUCCAAGGCAGGGAAAGCUGACCUUUUGCGAUGCGGGUUAAUACGACACUGGCCGGCCAAGGC